CCGCAGACAAGAAAUCAAUAUGGCGGCCACGACGAAGCGGAAAAGAGUGAGCAAAAAAUCAAAGCAAAGCUGGCGCAAACACACAGAUUUCAAAGAUGUGGAAGACUAUCUCGAGGAAGAAAGGCGCGAAGAAAGAACUGGUGGCCCAGUCUCAGAAAAACCAGAUGAAGGUCUGUUCUUUGUUGACAAGGAAACUGAAGAAAUGAGGACAACUGGUAUGAUACAUAAUUAUAUAUAUCUUGUUAUUGAUUAUGCAUAUUGCUGUUUGCAGAUUUUACUUCAAACUGCUCAUGAUGUCGAGUCAAGAAAAUUGAAAGAAACAGAGAAAUUGAACAGACAAGUCAGGCUCUUGACUUCUGAAGAAGCUGCCAAUUUACCAACAUGGACAGAAGAGAUGAGUCAGGGACUCUUUGCUGAGGAUGACAAAGAUGUGGAUGAAGCUGAGAGUGAUGGUGAGUAUGAGGGAGCCCCUGCUGCUGCUGUGCGGGCUGUGGACAGGAAAACCAAACAACAGAGAAGAAAAGAGAAAGAAAAAGAAGAAGAGCAAAGGAGACUUGAAACAGAAAAGAAAGACAAGCUGAGGCAGAAUGAGAUUUUUAGAUUAAAAACUUUGAAAAAAGAAAUCAAGAUGUCUGAGCAAGAGGCUGAAGAUAGAAAGAAAAAGAAACAGGAAAUGACAAAGAGUUCUGCUAAAAAACCGAAGAGACUCAGCAAACAUCAGUAUCCUACUCUACAUCAAGAGGGAAACUUGUUUGAAGACAGAUUCAAGAGUCUUCAGCGAAGAAAUAUCAUUGAAGCAAGAAAACCUGUAAAACCACAUCGAAAAUACAAGCAAAAAACGUACAAGAGAAAAUCAUACGACAAACCCUGUAUAAAAGAAAUCUAGCUUUGGAACUGAGAUGCAGAGAGUAACCGGUCCGACAACAACGUGAAGCAAGCUGUCAUGGAGCAUCUCAAGACAGCCAGGCAAUUCGUUUUCCGAAAGACCAUCGCGAGGUUUAGAUUUUGGAAAUCAAAGUCAUACCGAAGACUGCUCUUUCCAAGCCCUAAACAGAUCCAGGGAUGACUUGUCUCUGUUGGUGAGAAAUCGAGGCGAGUGGUGGGUUGCGUGACGAUGUGGGACUGAAAAAUGCUGGCUACGGAACAAAAUGCUAAGUUUUAAAUGAAAGACUCCCUAUCUAAUGCGACAUGAAGUUGCUAGCCUUGUAACUGAACAGGUCAUAAAUAUAUAAUGAACCACCGUUAACUAUUUGAAGUUCUUUGCAAGAAAUUCCAAGUUAAUUACCAGAUACUAAGAGACAUAAAACUAAGAGAGCAAAAUUUUAUCGAGGUCGAAAGACCUGCAGAAUUUCAAGGAAUACCUAUCACCGUGACCAAAUUUUAAUUGAAGCCGCAAUUUUUAAUUCAGUGGUGGCAAGCUGACGUGGCAAGGUGCGCUUUCACCUGACUAUUCGUGUAAUGUUUUGAUUGGUCAAUAGCAGUCAUGAAAUCUUCCAGUUCGUUAACCAUUUCAUUCCCGGGCUUCAACCUCAAGUUUGCUAUCGUGUUGCUGUGACUGUUUGUGACCGUUCAUAAAUGAAAGCUAUUGAGCGGUACUUUCACAUGCUUCUGUUUAUUAUGCUGUACACGGUAGAGCGCGUCUACAAAUUCAAUUGAAUGCUAUCGAGUUAUAGUUUCUUGCAGUUUGAGUUUCUAUAAUUCAGAUACUUAUUGAACGGAAAAGAAAUGGUGCAGAGUUUUAUCCGUAACGGAAAGAUAAAACAAUUCAAACUUGGAGAGCGCGUACUUUUUCCUAAGUUUGUAAUUUUUAAGUGGUGUAUAGAUGUGUUGGGGAAAAAAGGGAAAAAAGAAAAUGUUUCAUAUUUAUUCGAUAAAAGUAAAUAAUGUGAAUUAACAUAAAUUCUUACAAAAAAUCUUGUUUGGAUUUUCUUAAGUGAAGAAAGGUGGGGGAAGACUUCUCAUGCGAUCAUCGACUAAAACGAACAUGAAAAUGGGAGAAGAAAUACCGUUUUAUCAAAAUGCGAUUAAUUUGUUUUAACAAGGUGGCUUUUAGUAGUCUGCCGUGGAACAAUUAAAAAUCAACCAACAAAUAAUAACCAGAUGCGGCAUCGAAAUAAGAAUUAGAUGUUUUAAUAUGGGCCCGCUUAAUGAAAACUGAAGUGUUCAUUUGCAUAUGUUCCUUUCUUUCAUGUAGUUACAACGAACGUUUGAUGAACGAGCGCCCUGCUAAAUAGCUGCACACGAAUGGUUUGUACUUAGGAUAACGGAAAACUUAAAUCUUGGCUCUUUUUCCUUGCCUGUUGUAUAUUUUCUCUGUUUUUUUCGCGGCACUUCUUUUUAAACUGUAUGAUUUUAUUCUGAUAGUCAUCUUGCUGUUUAUGUGAACAUAAAAGUUCCAAUACUGCUGCUUCAUUAAAGUUUAACAAGUUAGAUA